AUGUUCGCUUUAAAGCCGGAGAUUUCCCCGUAUGUCGCUAACACUUCCCGCAACGCCAUCAUAGAUUCACCUAUCCUUGUGAGCAUCAAAAGUACAUCAUCGGCGUAGGCGGCUACCAAGAAUUCCUUGCCUCCCACCCGUACCCCAUGGAUCCCCGGAUGUGUUUGAAGCGCCUGCAGAAGGGGCUCUAAGGAUAAAGCAAAAAGUAAGGGGGAGAGCGGGCAUCCCUGUCGGGUUCCAUUAUGAAGCGGGAAGGGGGAGGGAGGUGCCCCCGAGACCCAGACCUGUGCUCUGGGAUUACUAUACAUCGCCUCCACUACCAUGAUGUAUGGCUCCGGGAGCCCCAGAUGCUGUAACACUGCAAACAUAUAUCGCCACUUGACCCUGUCAAAAGCUUUUUCAGCAUCUAGAGAAACUGCCAGCGUGGGCGUGUUCGUGACUGUUGACAUUUCCUUUCUUAAUAUUAAUAUUAGCAUUACUAUAUGUAAUAUUUGGGGUUUAAUCUUCUUACCAAUUUAUUUAUAUGGGUUUUUUUGAUUACCGAUUUACCAUGAAUUUUAAUUUUUUACUAUCUCACUGUAACCUUACAUAUUAUCAACAGAAAUAUUUUAGAUAUAUUACAUAUAGCAUAUUUACCUCUCGUCUCUCAUCUGUAAUUGCACAGAGCUGCGGAAUAUGUUGGAACUAUAUAAAUGCUAAUAAUAAUAUGAAUUUCCCAUAUCAUCUAUAUAACAUUACUUUUAUUGAACAGGUGAAGGCAUUGAUAAUUUCUGGAAAGUCAUUGUCGAAGGAAGAAACUGUACAGUAGACAUCCCCAGUGAUAGGUUUGAUAAAAAAAAAUGGUAUGAUCCAGAUUAUAAUAAAGCAGGAAAAACAUGGACUUGUCGAGCAGCCCUCAUUGAAGGGUAAGUGUCUUAUUGCACUCAUCUAUGUAUUUAACUUUUUUCCUUUAGCAAUAUAAAUUAUGGCACUUCUGGGAAACUAGCAAAGAUGCACAGGUAAGGGGUAUAGUGAAUUAUGCAGAGGAGUACUAAGUAGGGACAGUCCAACACUGGUGACAGGCAACAGAUGGUGCACAGCGCACCCCCACCCACCAGAAUAUGCACUUGUCUACCCGUAUGUUCCUUGUGUGGGUGCCAUGUGGCAGGUGCUGACACCAAUGGAGCUGCUGGAAUCUUUCUGUACUGAUUUCUCAGCUCACUUUGUAUUGUUGCUGAAGCCAGGAUAUGGUGUCAAUAUGGUGUAAGAACAGAGAGGCUGGGUGGACAACAGCGUGUUUAUAUCCAAAAAUACUUAAUUUUUAAUUUAAUAAUUGUGACUGAGUUUAUGAAUGUCUGUGUUCGUGUAUUCAUGGAUGUUCAUGAAUGUAAGUACGUGUGAAUAUUAAUUGUAGGGAUAAUUGUGGAGCAGUAUAUGAAUGUGUUUAUGGAUUACUUUUGUUUAAUUUUAUUUAUUCAUAAAAUAUUUUACCAAGAAGGAUACUUUGAGAUUUCUCUCGUUUUCAAGUAUGUCCUAGGUUAUGAAUGCCAGUAUUUAUAAUUUCCCUAGCAAAGGGGGGUGGGUAUACAGAGGGAGACAAAAUGUUGUUUUAUUUUUUUACGGUGUGGGGCCACUGUACUGAAUGUAGGUAUUAUAUAAUUUUAUUUUUACAAUUUAUGUAGACUGGAUGAAUUUGAUAACAAGAGGUAGACACAAAAUGUUGUGUGGGUUUUUUUACGGUGCGGGGGCAUUGUACUGAAUGUAGGUAUUAUAUAAGUUUAUUUUUACAAUCUAUGUAGACUGGAUGAAUUUGAUAACAAGCUCUUUGGAAUUUCCAAUUCGGAGACUGUGAACAUGGAUCCACAGCACAAAUUACUUCUUGAAUGUACCUAUCGUGCAUUGGAAGACGCAGGCUUUCCAAUGGAGAGUGUCAGUGGAAGCAACACUGGCGUCUUUAUAGGUAAAAUGAUAAUGACUGUAAUACAUAUAAUAUUUAGAAGUGUGCCCAUUGCAGGGCCAUUGCAAGGCAGCAAACAGGCUAGGGGCUUCAACUGUUUUGUCUGCGUCUACGAAUAUCAAUUUAAGGCCGUCUUAUAAACCCACCCUACUCUACUCCCCAUGCACCACACUAAACCCUAAGGUGCUUAUUGAAAUUCAAAUUAUAACAAAUUUAAAUUGUAAUGGCAAAAUCCAAGCACAAAUAGCAAAGAAAUUAAUAUAGCCAAGGUGGAGAAUCUUUCCAAAUCUGACAUUUUGGCCAAAAUUUUGCCAUUCCAAUUCACUAAGAAGCUUCCAGUGGCUGAUUUGUGCCUUGGUACCUUCUAGUUGGCCUUUUGUUCCCAUUAUGCUGUUUGUUGUAUAUUUCCCAUUUUUGGAAGUGGCAACUUCUACACUUUGUUUUAAAAUACUGCAAUCCACAGUGCAGACAACGGACACAGCCUUGGACCUAUGAACAAGUAUGUCAAUGUGUUUCCUGUGUGGCAGUAGAAAUAGGGGGAUAGAGGGACACAUUGACCAAUGUGAAUAUCCCAUUAUUCUAAAUUGUUUUCUUAAUGCAAUUUAUAAAAGAAAAUAGCAGGGCAACAUGCAUCGUGAUUCCUAAACAUUGUUCCCUAAGCUUUACUUCUUGUCAAUAAACCGAUUGAUUGUAUUACUUAAGGAAUCAGGAUUCCCCCUCUUUUUACAAACACAGUGUUCGCAGAGAAUUUACUGUACAUUAUGUACUGUUCUAGAGCUAAAAACAUGUUUCUCCAUUUUGCUACAAUUAAGGUCCUUAGUGGCAAUUAUUUUCCAUCACAAAGUGUUAUGUGAAUUUAAACAUGGAUGGUUUAUUACGCUGUAUUUUUUAUAACUAUUUUUCUUUUUGAACAGAGAUUGUGAAUCAAUAUUUAAUGCUUAUCCGGCCGGAAUCAAUCAUUUUAAUGGCACAGGAACAUCAACAAGUUUAGCAGCAAACAGGAUAUCUUACUGCUUCAAUCUGACGGGACCAUCCCUGGCAAUAGACACUGCAUGCUCAUCCUCCCUUGUAGCUCUGCAUUACGCCUGUCAAGCCAUCAAGCAAGGUACAGUUGUUAUAGUAGUAUACUGAACAUAUAAAUGGUAUAGUGUGUUUAGCUCAGCAGAAUUCUGCCUUUUAUUCCCCAAACGUCCAUGCUAGUCCACACACUAUUUUGUUUGAAUUUUUGGGUAAUGAUUUUGCUCCUUAGAUGGGCUACUUUCCAUGUCCAAAUAGCCUACCAGCAUGGAAAUAGAUGGUUUUAACAGCAAGUCGCUAAUCUCAACUCCUGUCACUAUCUCCUGCAUCUAUCUUUCGCAUUUGAAGUGCACAUGUGCAGGGCGAGCCAUCAUAGCAUCCAGAUGUGGUUGAUAGGUUGAUCAAUUAAAAAAUAUUAAAUUUACUUUUCCCAUUCAAGUUGCUGAUAGGUGAACACUGUGAAGGGGAUGGAUUUAUUGCCAGCGCAACAAGCAGUGAGAGCCCCCAAAAAAACCCUAGGCCGUCGCUCCAACAUCAGGGUUAGAGGGGUGCCCGAGCCCGAUGGUAGGGAGAAUGUGGAGACAAGCCGUACAGGGAUUUUCCGCCUGAUAUUAGGAGAGGAAGCCCCAGCGGAAAUCCGCUUUGAAAGAGCACACUGGACCUUAAGCGCUAGGAUCAGAGAUGGAGACGCAUAAAAUAUCAUCUGUUCUUUUCAACUGAAAGAGCACAUCAUGCGGCAGGUCAGAACACGGGCCACCUAGAGAUGCCAGGGUAUGGAUGUAGCCCUCUACAAUGACCUCUCGCCGGUUACACUAAAGACCAGAACAGCACUUCGACCUGUAACCACAGCCCUUCGGGAAAGGAAUAUCCCCUACAAAUUGGGCUUUCUCGUUCAGCAUUCAAGUUCAGAACCGCAACGACUGGAUUGCAGCACGCUGGCCAAUCGAGAUACCGCAUUUCCUACAGCGUCUGGAGCUCCCACCAAUAGAGGUUCCUGAUUGUAUCCUGGAACCACUGAACCGUGGGUCCCAACCCCAGAGGAUUCCCCGAAGAACCCAGAGGGGUUCCCGGGUCACACCACCUCAUCUGGCUAACCCAGAGGAAUAGAGAGCUUUCACUACCUACGUUUCUGGUGAGUGAGUCCAUACGGAGAAAGAGGGCCACCCAGGUCAACCAACAAUGCUACCUGUAAUUACUAUAUAAAUCCAACCCCCCCAUGAAUUACUCCGAGAUGCCAAUCCCAGGAAGGAAUUCUAGCUUGCUGGGUAUGAUUUUUGGGUGGGGGAAGGAGCUUGAGCACAUGACUGCAGCUUUGCAGGGGCCAUUUGAUUAGCUGACUUCUUACUAGCCGGGCCUAAUUAGGCCUCCUGCCUGUCAAGGGGAACAAGGCCUGAAUUCAACAUACACUGAAUUUGCAGCCUGGGGGGGUGCCAUGGUUUUGCUUGUGGGAGGGACAUGUGAGGCCUAGCCUCGGUAAGGGAUGUCCUGAUCUGGGCGACCAUGCCCCUGCGCGGACUGUGCACGUAUCCCCAAACUAGUCAUCCCAAUUUGGGAAAUAGUCACGGGAUGGCAUCAACCAAGCACGGGGUAUAUACGGAGUGUCAUGUGGGAAUUUGGAGCAAAGUCACGCACUGGACAUAAGGGUGGGGGUAACUACUCUUUGUGUUUGGUGAUGGGGAAAAGGGACAUCAGCUGAGAUGGUUGAGGCGGGGAUGGUGGGGGAGGGGUGGGAGGAGGGGGAGUGGGGUACAGGGACUCUUUAGUUUGCACACAAAAAAAACAAAACACCCCACUGUGCAGGGGUGUGGCCAGCAAAGCGACUUUCGUCUGAGGGGAGGCACAGAUAGGUAGCGCAUAGGUGUGCGGCUCGUUGCGGCACUGCAGAGACCCAAACACCCCAUGAAUUCUAUAGCACCCCUGGGUGGUAGUUUUGCACACUUCCUAAUGUUUCACACAAUAGACAUUUACACCGCUUAUAAAUUACUGUUCGCUACUGCAAGUUAUUGUUUUUCCAUAGAGUGGCGGAGUACCUGCUGGUUGAUUACUGUUGAAAUAUCACAUUUAAAUUGGUGCCUAACUAUCCUGUGUUGGUGAUCACUGAUCGGACUGGACCAUUCACCCCAAAUACACUUGUGUGAAUAAUCCCUUCCUAUGAGAAGUCGGCGACUGAACACUUGUUCUGGCAGGUUCGGGCGCCGACUGCUGCCAUGGUCACAUGAAUCCCCCUCUUCGGUGGGGUCUUCAUCCUCCAUUUUUCGAGCGACGCAUGUGUCUCUCCCUUGAGACGUUAACUGUACAACUUUACUUCUCUAACCUUUCCAUCCCCCCCAUCCCCUCCAGCAGUCGUAGUCUGGGAGAGCAGUCGUAGUCUGGGAGCUUCUGCUCCGGGGCAUGACUCAUUCCCUGGGGUACCUACCUUGCUGGCAGGAGGGUAGAAGGGAGUUCAUCGCUGGGGACUCCUGUCUCAGCCCCCGCUGAACGCUACUGCAGGGGAGGUAAAUUAGGCCACGGACUGCCACUCCAGCUCCAGCAUGGCAUAUGCUAUAUCUCCGUGGCCUUCCUUCAGGAAACACACUUUAAGGAAGUAGCAGUUCCAGCUUUAAAAAGUAAACAAUAUCCCAACGUAGUAUGUAGCAAUCACCCUACGGCCCAUAAAGCUAGCGUGACCAUACUCCUGGAGGCGAAACUACAAUUUCAAGAGUCAGACAGAGAGGUAGACCAAGGUAGGAAGAUACAUCUUCCUGAAAGGAGUCAUUCAAGAUCGCAGAUACACGUUUGCGACAAUCUACGUACCGAACUCUAAUCAAUCCCCAUACAUCUGCAGAAUUCUCCAGAAGCUCUCGCCAUUCAUUGAGGGGACAUUGAUCCCCCUACACCCUAUGAUGGACUCCUCCACGGGUCACAGCAGUAUUGCACUAGGGGCCAUAAAGGGUAUACAGAAAUCCCUGCGGAAUCUACGACUGGUGGACUGCUGGAGAGCCAUGCAUUAUGGGGAUAAGGAAUAUAUGCAUUACUCAGUGAUCCACAAACGAUAUUCAAGGAUCAACUAUAUAUUUCUACAACAGGAACAAGUGUCCACAAUCCAAACAGCUGAGAUUGGGGCGGCCCUAUGGUCAGACCAUGGCCCUGUAAUGCUGGAAUUUGACUCCCCAAGGACACGGCCGGCUGUCCAGACAUGGCGUCUUCAGGAAACACUCCUCCUGGAUCCAGAUGCGAGAGGUUAAAUAUCUGAAGCUCUCAACUCAUACUUUGAGAUAAACACGCCGGGCGAACACACGGCGACAACCAUUUAGGAAGCCCACAAGAGCGUACUCAGGGGAACUUUGAUGUGCUUGGCUUCCAAAAAAAAAAGAGAAUCACAAGGCUUGACAGCCGAACUGGUGGAGAAAAUAACAACUCUCGAAGCUCAGCACAAGUGUUCCCAACUAGUGGCGACCUACACUGACUUACUGGAGGCACAACGGCAACUUUACACACAUAUUACCCAUAGAUAUUUCAGGUCUAUACAGAGAUCGAAAGCCUUCUUCUAUCAACACACUAACAAGGGAGGGAAGCUACUAGCAAGGAUGCUCAAGGGCCCCCAAAUUUAAGCCCAAGUACACAAGUUGCGUACUUCGAACGGUACGGUUACCCAGUUCCCAGACAAGAGUGCUGCGGAGUUUCGCUCCUUCUACUCUACUCUACAAUAUCCCACAACCAACUUGGCCAGAAGACGCAAAGAGCAGGGUAGAUAAGGUGCGACGCUACCUCGACAAAUAUGUGGCCAAGAGACUGCGACCAGAGGAAACUGAUUCCCUGGACAGGCUGAUCACAAAAGAGGAAGUUGCGGGUGCAAUCAAGUCUGCUAAAACUGGGCGGGUCCCGGGACCGGAUGGCUUCACCUUCGACAAUUAUAAAAGGUUCAGGCAUAUCCUGCUGCCGAGGCUUACUCAAGCAUUUAACGCUAUCAUAACGGAUUCUCACUUUCACUCUGAGCUGUUAGCGACCACAAUCACUGUCCUCUCAAAGUCGGGUAAGGACCCCGAACUAUGUGGCAGCUACUAGCCGAUCUCCCUACUCAAUGUGGACAUCAAGCUACUGACAAAGAUACUGUCCAACAGAAUCGGCGUGUUGCUGCCAAGGAUCGCAGACAUAAAGAAUGGGACUAACUCAAUCCUACUCUGCUACUUCUGGCCUGCUCCCUUACACAGGAGGUCCUGGAUACCCUACCCGCCAUGUAGAUCAAUCCUGACCACUUGGUAAGCCACAAACUCCCGGCACCUGGGCUGGCACUUGACUUCUUUCCCCCCCCUCCCUCACCCUCUUCCUGUCUCACUUUAUCUUCUUUCACUCUUCAUCACUUUACCAGAUGUAAUUUAAUUAUUUAUCAGUACCCCCUGGUAAGAUCAUACUACCGCCUCCAGCUAAAUGUGAGCUAGAACUCUUAACUUACGGACCAAGUGUAACAGUCACCUGGGGACUUAUGUAACAGUUUACCAGGAGUUUGAGCCCAGUUGCAGGAUAUGGCACAGGUAGGAGGCAAAAACCAAAAACGCAGUACAGAUUAAGGGGAAAUCCAAAGGCAGGGUCAGACGAGAAGCAUAAGUCAGGGCUGGCAGCGGAGUAACGUAGUUGGUAAAGCAGGCAGAGGUCAGAGUCCAGGAAAUCAAUCAGUAGCGAAGCAGAGAUCCAGCAGGAAACACCAAACAGGCAAAAUGACCAGAUGCUAGGUAUCAGGAUGGGCUGGCUUUUACAGCCUGCUAAUUAGAUGCAGAUGACUCUAAUUGGAAAAGGGCUGCAGGUGAAUUAGCACUGCUUAAUCCAGGCAAGGGGUCAGGAAGCAGAAUAACGCAGACAGAUACUGAAGCCCCCUGGUGGAUAUCAUGGCAGAAAACCUGAUUGGGGUGCUGGAGCUGUGAGUUCAAACCCAGCCAGGUCUCUUAAAGGGACAGCCACGCCUUGCUGUCUGCAGGGCUCGGGCUGUGCCGUGACACUGAUGGCUAGCAGAUACUCCACACACUUACUGAUGUAUUAUGCCUAUAUUGAUUGCGCUAGACCAAUUAGGUGGCACCUAUUGUUUUUUGUCUGAUAGAAUAUGUGCAACGAAAUGGUCUAUCGAUACCAAAUGUUAUUUCCGAUACCACUUUGGUACCCAUACAGUUACAAUAUACGUUUCGCCAAUUCCAGGUUCGUACUAUAGACAUAUAAACAGAGGAAUAACACUGUAUAACUCGAUUUUACUAAUACUGAUAUUCGGACCUGCAUGUCCAGAUUGCUUGACACAUCUAUAUCGCUUGUAUUACCUCAUGUUUGCAAUGCUCAAUAAAAAGCUUUUGAAACCCAUAAUUUAAAUAAAACUGUUCCUAAAUAUUUGUGUGUCUUCAAAUAUCACAUUAUUAUAGGGAUAGUGUAAGUAGUAGGUAGGAACAAUGUAAAGGGAGGAUUGCUAUGAUCUUGGGGACCCCUAACUUCCUGGGGGAGAAAGGUGGACCUUAAUUCAAGGAGGACUUAACAAUGGCAUCUGGCACUCAUGGUAUUAUUAAUCGGGUUGGAAACUGGUCAUUGUCACAGAAUUUUGACUAUCCACACAAACAUUGGUGUUUAGUGAAUAAAAAUCUCUGUAAACCUUUUAAUUAAGCUUGCUGAAGAGUAGGGUUUGGCUGAUUACCAGUCCGGCCAAUAUUCCAGAAUUUGGCAAAUAUUGGUAUCGCCACUAUUUAUACCGAUAUUGCCUAUAAUGUGAGAGGCAGCUGUGGCCCACCACACGCAGGGCCAGCGUGUCCAUAAGACGGCACACUGAGUUAAAAGUAGAGGCUGGUGCCUUCUAAUACUUAUCAAUAAACUAUAGUUCUCAAUUAGAAGCUUCUCAUUGGUCAAUGUGCAGCUAUUGCAAGAAAACAUAAAAAAAAAAUAAUACAUGCAUGUUUUCUUCAAAUUAAAUACAAUUUGAAAAUAUUGUGUUUUAAUAUAAAUAUUUUCCUCUGUUUCAAACAGGAGACUGUGAGAUGGCGGUAUGCGGAGGUGUGAACUCUAUCAUGGAACCUCGUAUAUUUAUUGCUCUUUCCAAAGCAAAAAUGAUCUCUCCUGAUGGAACCAGCAAACCAUUUUCAAAAAAUGCAAAUGGAUAUGGAAGAGGGGAAGGAUGUGGAAUUGUUGUUCUAAAAAAACUGAAGAAGGUAGAUUCUUAACAAAUUUUUUAUUUUAAUUUUCUAAAUGCUAUAUUGUGGCAAAUUGACAAAUAAACUGGAAAUUGUAGGCCAAAAUUUGUGGGAUAAGAAAGUAGCUUUUUUUUUAGAAUUUUUGUAUUCCUUAUAUCUUCAAGUUAUAUGUUGAAGAUAGAUACUCCAGAAGUUUUCCCCAGCUCAGUUACUAGAAAGUCCAGAUAAACAGCAUCUGGUCAACACAUACAGUACUCCCCAACUUUUGGGUGCAGUGGCCCUUUAGUUUUAACUAUGCAAUAUAAAACAUUGACAUUUAGUAGGUACAGCAAAGUUUCCACUGCAGGACAAAAUAUACCACUAGUUGAUGUCUUCUUGACAGCCACUAGAGUGUGCUUCUGCUAUGAGAACCAAAUCAAAAUCUGUUCUCAGACCUCCCCUCCUCUGAAUGCUUGUCAUUGAGAGCAUUUAAUAGGAGGAGCGUGGUGCUUCUCAUUUCCAUUGCUCCUCUAUGAGGCGCAUUGGCGAAUUGGAUGAGAAGACAAAGAAGUGAGUCAGCCGAAUUACAAUAUGGAAGGAGGAGUGGGUAGUUGAAAAAAAGGUAAAUGAAAAACUUUUUUUUUCCUAUAUUUUAACUAUAAAAUAUCUGUAUUUUAAACGCAAUAGUGUUCCUUUAAUUCUUACUCUACAACAACGUAUCUUCUAACUUUUAAAAAUUUGUUUAAUCAGACACACACUGGCCGCUUAUCCAAAUUCAAGGCCAAAAUUAGCUAAACUAGACCCAUUGCUGACUUUUUUCUGGUUUUGCUAAUCUGAUCUUAAAUUCGAAAUUUCCUUUGAAUUCUCACUUUAGCGAAUAACUCUGCUAAUUUGAGCAGGGCACUGUCCUAGUUAUCUAUUAAUGGUAUAAACAUAUCAAAAAUAGCAACCAUUUAUUGCAUAUUAAAAUAUCAGUUCACACAAUUCAAUAACACUAUUCUAUUACAUAUUGUAGGCAAAAGAAGAUGGCAGCAAGAUUUGGGGAGUUAUAUGUGCCAGUGCGGUAAAAUAGGAUGGAAAAUCAGUGACACCAAUAACCAGACCAUCCCAAGACUUGCAGGAGGCUUUGCUGAAAACAAUCUAUUCUAUCAUUGACCCAUCUACAGUGCAGUAUGUGGAAGCUCAUGGCACUGGAACCCCUGUUGGAGAUCCUGUGGAAGCAGCCAGCAUUGGAAAAAUUAUUGGGAAAAAACGUCCUUCUGGAUCACCUCUAAAGAUCGGCUCAGUUAAAGGAAAUAUUGGUCACACAGAGUCUGCUUCCGGGGUGGCUGGUUUAAUUAAAGUUCUCCUAAUGAUGCACCAUGAAGUGAUUCCUCCAUCAUUGCAUUAUUCCAAAGAAACAGGUAUCGCACAGGUGGAAGAAUCCAACUUAACAAUUCCAAUAACUCCAGAGACAUGGAAGGAAGAUAGGAAACUCGGUAGAAUAGCCAGCAUUAACAGCUUUGGAUUUGGAGGAACAAAUGUUCAUGCUGUGAUUAAGCAAGUAAAACAACACAGAUUAAAUGACUUUAAACAUUUAUCUCAAAGGCCUGUUGAAAUUUUUGUUGUAUCUGCAGCUUCCAGUAAAUCCCUUCAACUAACUAUUGAAGACACGAAGCAGCAGUUAAACAGAGUGGACUCUUUGUCUUUUGAGAACUUAGUCUACACAUCUGCAUGUAGAAGAAGCCACAAAAACUUCAAAUUUAGAAAAACAUUUCUGGCAUCAUCCUUAAAAAAUUUACAAGAACAACUAGCAAAAGCAAACACUGAAUCAUCUCCUGCACAAAAAAGCCCUGAAAUUGUGUUUGUGUUCUGUGGUAAUGGACUUCUAUAUAAAGGGAUGUGCAAGAUGUUACUGAGAUCAGAACCGGUAUUUAGAAAGAAAUGCAUUGAGAUAGAUGAGUUACUUCAGGUAUAUACAUCUCUUUCCAUGGUGAAGUUACUAGAGAGUGAGUUUGAUGAUUUCUCCAGACCAGACAUUGCACAGUUACUGCUCUUUACCAUUCAGACUUCAUUAGUGGCUCUACUGAGACAUUGGGGAGUCAAACCAGACACUAUCGUUGGACACUCAGUUGGAGAAGUUGCUGCCGCACAUUGUUCUGGACUUCUUUCACUUCAGGAUGCUGUGAAAGUGAUUUAUUACAGGAGCACAUUGCAAUCCAAAGUCACUGGAGGGAAAAUGCUGGUAGUGAGCAAUAUACCUGUGACCGAAAUAUCAAAAGAUAUCAGGUCAUAUGGACAAAGAAUAAACAUGGCCGCUUAUAAUAGUCCUAUCUCAUGUACAAUAUCUGGCGAUGCAGAAUUAAUAGUAAAACUCCAUGAUCAAUUAAACCAACAGUACAGCAAAAGGAACAUAUUUCUACAUCAACUUGACGUUCCUGCUGCAUAUCACAGUCACAUGAUGGAUCCUAUUUUAUCGGAGAUAGAAGAUAAAUUGCAAGAUUUGAAAGCACAAACACUUGAAACUGACAUUAUCUCCACAGUGACUGGAGUGAAUGCUUCUAAAGGGGAUUUUACAAUUGGAGGAUACUGGGCUAGAAAUAUCCGUGAACCAGUUGCUUUUGAGCAAGCAAUAAAGUCUUCAAUUGCUGGUAAACAAAAUCCAGUGUUUAUUGAAAUAGGGCCAAAAAGAGCUUUACAAUGGAACAUCACUGAUGUUUUGGGUGAGAAAAAUAUAAUUUUGCCUGCAGUUCAUCCUAAUAAGGAAUAUGAGACAAUAUUUGCUGUCCUGGUUAAACUGUUCACAGAGGGAUACAAUCCUGACUGGUGUCAUAUUUAUGAAACAUAUAAAUCUCCACCAGCUGUUCUUCCCAGGCAUCAGUUUGACCAUGUUAAACAAGGUGUGGAUUUUGGCAAAAUACAAGAAGGAAAUAAGACCAUUGCAACAUCCAGUCAUCCUUUGAUCCACAAUGUUAGUCAAGACUUCACAGACUUUCAAUGCACUAUUUCUAAAGAAAACACACCCUAUGUCUAUAAGCACAAAUAUAAUGAAACUACACUCGUCCCUGGCACUUUUUAUAUAGAGCUUGGUUUGGCAGCUGCUAUGACCAGAUUGAAAUCUAAAAUGCCCUUGAGUUCCCUAAGUAUCAGUGUAAACUUCGCUAGUCCCUGUGUUGUUAAUCAAGACUCUCUAAACCUGAAUAUUAAACUUGAACAUGGAAAUAUAUUGACAGACUUUUCUAUCCAGUCUUCACACAUUUAUGCGACAGGCCAAAUUCAGAAAAGCGGUGGAAUUUUAGAGGAGAAAAGAAUCUCCUUCCAGCGCAUCCUGAAACGGUGUAAUUUAGUUUUGAUCCAGGAAAAAGUUUACGAGUCAUUGUCAAAGUUUGGAUUUCAGUAUGGGAAACCAUUCAGACAACUAUCGGACAUACAUUACGGGGGAGAAUUAAUGGAAGGAAUUGCUAGAGUCACAGUGAGUGAAGAGAUUAUAGAAACAAUGUAUGAAUAUAAUGUGCAUCCAGUUGUUCUAGAUUGCUUUUUUCAAAUGGGAGUCAUUACUGGGAUAGAAUUCAUACAAUCCUCGGCUCUUUUCCCUUCUCAAAUAGGAAAUAUGACUGUAUUCAGACCACUUCAAAAACAAAUGUUCAUCUAUUUAAAAACAGUCCAGAAAGCAGAGAACCAUGUUGUUCUCUGUGGAGGUUUUACUAAUGAAAAUGGCUGUGUUUUAAUUGAAAUCAAUCAAGCUAAAAUAUCAUUUAUACAUCAAGUAAUAAGCAAGCAGAAAAACAUUUUCUUCCACAAUAACUGGGUGACAUUGCCACCACAGUCACACAAAGGACUCCGAGUACCCAACAUCUUAGUGUUUGCUGACAACUCUGGAAUUGGACAAGAGUUAUCCAAGUACACUAAUGAUACUUUAAAAUAUGUGAUGUUUAAAAACUGGGAAUUAGACAUAGACUUAACCAAAAAUUUUAACAGUAAGUUUACAGAAAUUUGGUUUAUGUGGGGAAUUCAUACUCCAAGUGAAGAGUUUCCAAACAAUCUCCCACAUUACUUAGCUAGGUGCUGUGAGAUGUAUCGACAAGUGAUCUUGGCUGUGAGACAACUAAAUUCUGGAGCUUCCAUAAGAACAGUCACCUUCCGAACAGCUGAACCCACCGUGGAUCACAUUAACCCUGGAUUUGCCCUGACUGGCAUGACUAGAACUUGUGCAACUGAGAUGCCUGACAUUACAUUUCAACUUAUUGACAUAAGUUCUUCAAACGUAGAAGACGUGAAAGCUCUAGCACGCGUUGCUUAUCAUUAUACACCUAGGACUCAUCCAGAAGUUUGGAUACAUAAGGGUGAAAUAUAUACAAGUGAAGUCACUCCUACUGAAAUAGACUUUGUAGAAAAAAGGCAUCACGCAGUAUCAUUAAAAAAGUCUGACAAUUUUACUUUGUAUACUGCCAAUCCAUACAUAAUAACUGAACUGUCUGCUGAACUAGACCAUUCUAAAGCCAUCAAACUCACAGAUAAAUGUGUUGAGGUUCAAAUUGAUCAGAUAUGUUCACAUUCUGACGAUUUCUUUCCUGUUAGUGCCUCAGGUUGGAAGUUUGGAAAUACUCUGUACUGGAGCACGUUGUCCACAGAAAAACAUAAACUCCUUGCUCUGGAUUUCACUGGCACUGUAACAGCUGUUGGAAAACAUGUCAAGAAGCUUAAAGUAGGGGAUCGGGUUGCUACAUGUUAUCCAACACUUGCGUCAUCCAAAGUGGGGCUCCCUGAGACUGUUUGCUGUUUAAUACAGAAGGUCCCAAUUCUAAAGAAGCUGCCUUGCAUUUCCCAAUUUAUUUUAGCGUGGGAAGUUUUACAUCACCUGCUUCCACCAGCAAAAAAUAAACCCAAGCUCAUCAUCAUCUCUACUGAAAAAAAGACAGUUCUAAGUAUGAUCCUUAUGAAUGCAGCAAAAGGUAGAGGUUGGGAACCAAUGGUAUCUCCAGAAAUUGAUAUAAAUACCAAACAGUGCAGCGCCAUGAUUAUUCUGCCUCCAUCCAAAAACAUCUUAGAGGUAGACUUUUUGCAAUUAUCCCUACUUAAGGAUUUAAUUAUAAUAGCUGACCAGAAAAAUCCAGAAAGUUUCCAAUACCUGACCGAGCAUUGUAGUGAGGAUACACACAUUGAAUUACUUAAUCCCGUUACCGUUUUCCAGAAAGCACAUUUAAAAAAGUUUGCCAAAGAGAUAUACAAGUGGCUGCAGUCAACACACAUAGAUUUGUCUGUAAAUCAUUCAAAGUCAAUAACCAUGUCUGUCAGCAGGCAUUGCCUUAAUGAUACAGAACCCAGUUACUUUACCAUGCAAAAUGUACCACUUAUUGAAAUUGAGAAAAGCAACAUUACAUUUCCUGUCAAGGAGGAAACUCUUUUCAACCAUGAUGCUAUUUACAUAGUUGCAGGUGGGCUGACUGGCCUUGGAUUUGAAACAGUAAAGUUUAUUGCUCAAAAUGGUGGUGGGAAUAUCGUGAUUUUGUCCAGGAGACGCCCCACCCCUGAAAUGCAAGAAGAUAUAAAAAAGAUUCAGAAUGAACAGGUGAAUAUCAAAAUAAUGGCCAUUCCAUGUGAUAUAACCAGUUACUCAGAGGUAAUAAAGACAGUGAAUUCCAUUCUGAAAAUCUUUUCUAACAUUCCAAUUAAAGGUGUUUUUCACAGUGCUGUAGUUUUGCAUGAUGGGAUCCUAGAGAGCCUAAACUUAUCACUGUUUGAGAAGGUACUGAGUCCAAAGGUAGAUGGAGCAGUGAACCUACACCGUGCUACAAUUAAGCAAGAACUAGAUUAUUUUGUAUGUUAUUCAUCUGUUGCCUCAUUUGUUGGAAAUGCAGGACAAUCAAAUUACGCAGCUGCCAACUCAUUUCUAGAUGUCUUCUGUCAAUACAGGAGGAAUAUGGGACUUUCUGGACAAUCUAUCAGCUGGGGUGCCCUCAAUUUAGGAGUUUUACAGGAUCAAGACAACAUACAUGAAAUUCUGAAUGCAAAAGGAAUACUUCUUUUUGACCCAGAGGAGAUACACAGACAUCUUAAAAAAGCUCUAAGACUUAAUAAAUCCCUACAGGCUGUUAUCAAAUUUGAUUUUAAAGCCUUGUAUGAAAAACUUUUGUCUCGAAUUCCCACACUGAAGAAACUGUUAAUUCAGGUGAUAACUGAAGAAUCCAAGCAUCUUAAUGGCAAAAUCCAAUUUGACGAACCUUCCAAACACACUAACAUGAAAUCAACCGAUUAUGUGAAGAUGUUGAUUAGUGAAUUGACAAGUGCCAGUGCAAGUGAAAUUACAAUGAAUACUUUCUUAAGUUCUUUGGGAAUUGACUCAAUGAUGGGCAUGAGCUUACAGAGUCGCAUCUUGCAAGAAAAGAACGUGAACAUACCUGUUGUACAACUACUUGAUCCCAGCACAACAAUCUCAGUGGUUGUAUCUCUGCUGAAUGAAAACACUUCUGAAGGAGAAGACAUCACAACAAAUGUGCAAGAGGAAACUCAGUUCUAGGUACCUGUGGCUACUAUACCAGUUACUUGCAGCCACAAUUUGCAGUUUGUUAUACAAAUUACUACUAUAGAAGCACCUUUUCCUGAAAAACUAUGAAACAGCUGAACAAAUAAAAUCUAAAGAAAAUUGCAAAAACUUGUAUGUAAGUAGUGUCAGAUUUUAAAAGUAUUAACUAGCUUGGAGCAUUUGUCUUGGACCACAUGUUGUGCAUGUCUCAAAGACUUUCCUGCGAUAUACUUUCAUUAGUGGAUCACAUGCACCAGAGUCCUGAUUUUUCAUUGUUCUUGAAUGUUCUGUCAUCCCACACUCUUGACAACUCUAUGACACCUAUAUAUUGCACAACAACCCCCUUCCCCUAUAAUGGCAGCCAAUGGCUGUUAUUGACGUUAGAGGCGUAUAAAUCGGCACCUUAAAUGCAUAUCAGUAAACACACCACUCACACUGCACUCACUAUACAAUUCAUUUUGUUGAGUUGUCCAGCAACAAAAAACUAGAUUAGCUAAUAAUCGAAUUGAGAUAUAUCUUAAUCACUUACCUUGCCUGAUUCAUAAUCACUUUUCUACCAAGCUUCCACACUAUAUAAAGAACCUGUUCAUUUCAACACUCGACAGACGCUAACAUUUAAGGUUGUCUUCUAGCACCUUAUUUUGCAGCUUUUUCAUAUAGAGCUCCACAACAGUGGAAUAACCCAUUAGAAGACAUUAAGGGCACAACUUCUGGAAUAAAAAGGGUAUCAUGAUGGAAUAUUUCCGUCAUGUGUCCUUAAGGGGUUAAAUAUUCCGCAAGCCAACAGUCUCUGAAAAAAUGAUGCUCUCGGCCCUGUAAAAACUGCUCCUUGAGAUCUAAUUUUUUAUUUUGUGUGAAACAGAUUGUAUCGAUUGCACAUUCAGGACAUAUUUGAAAACAAGAGAAAGCUCAAUGUAUUUUCUUGCAGGUAAAACACUUUCUGAAUAAAGUUUCUACUUCUUUUUUAGGAGAUGGGAAGGAUCUAUAUAAUAAAUGUGUAUGCGCCUACAGGUGAUUCUCUUUUAUUUUAUUUUUUUCAUAUUACAUUUGUGCUCUUAAAAGCACUCGAUAAUUAGAGAUUGUGUUGCUCCCUGAAAAGGUGAUUUUAUACAGAUUGCCAAUAGCUAAAACUAGCAGAGUGAACACUAUUGAUAUAUGUUAUUACAUUGUUGGAUACUGGACCAAAAAGAUUGAUAUUUUUUAUGUUUGUAUUACCUGCUGCUAGAAUGGGAAAGUUAUAAGCAUUAUAUUGUUGAA